AUGUCUGAACGUCGCGCUUCUGCUGUUGAGGCGCGUUCUGAUGCCGACCGCAUUGAGGCACCUGUUACUUGGAAGGCAUACCUGAUCUGUGCCUUUGCCUCGUUCGGUGGUAUCUUCUUCGGCUAUGACUCUAGUUAUAUCAACGGCGUCAGCGGUUCGAGCAUGUUUAUUCAAAUGGUGGAAGGCCCUGAAGCUACUGCUUUAAGUAGCUCGAACUCUUCUCUAGUCGUGUCCAUUCUGUCUGCCGGUACUUUCUUUGGCGCCCUGCUUGGUGGAGAUAUGGCCGAGUGGAUUGGCCGAAAGUGGACUGUCAUUUUUGGCUGUCUGAUCUACAUGGUUGGUGUGGUCAUUCAGAUGUGCACUGGCCUCGGUGACGAUGCUCUAGGCUUGAUCGUGGCUGGUCGUCUGGUUGCCGGAUUCGGUGUCGGAUUUGAGUCUGCCAUUGUCAUUCUCUACAUGAGUGAAAUCUGCCCCAAGAAAAUUCGUGGAGCCCUCGUCGCUGGAUAUCAGUUCUGCAUUACCAUUGGUAUGUUGACUGCGUCCUGUGUAGUCUAUGCCACCGAGAACCGGCCAGACACUGGAUCCUACCGUAUCCCUAUCGCCAUCCAGUUUGCUUGGGCUUUGGUCCUGGGCACCGGCCUAUUCUUCCUUCCUGAGUCGCCACGUUACUAUGUCAAGAAGGGUCGCAUUGAAGAUGCUGCCAAUUCUCUCGCCCGGCUUCGUGGCCAGCCUCGUGACUCGGCCUUCGUCGACGCCGAAUUGACGGAGAUUGUUGCCAACGAGCAAUACGAGCGCUCGAUCAUCCCUACCACUGGCUGGGUCUCUAGCUGGUACAGCUGCUUCACAGGCGGCCUUUGGGAACAGAAAUCGAACUUGCGCCGCACUAUUCUGGGUACCUCUCUACAGAUGAUGCAGCAGUGGACUGGAGUAAACUUCAUCUUCUACUACUCCACCCCGUUCUUGCAGUCGACUGGUGCGAUCGACAACGUCUUCCUCAUCUCACUUAUCUUCACCCUGAUCAAUGUCGGGUCCACACCCAUCUCCUUUUACACUGUCGAGAGAUUUGGCCGCCGCAAAAUUCUACUCUACGGUGCGUUGGGUAUGUUGAUCUGCCAGUUCCUCGUCGCGAUCAUCGGUGUCACCAUCGGAUUUAACCACACCCACGCUCUCCCUGAUGGCACAUCCGUGGCAAACAACAUUUCUGCUGUCAAUGCUCAGAUUGCCUUUAUCGCCAUCUUCAUCUUCUUCUUCGCUUCCACUUGGGGUCCUGGAGCCUGGAUCGUCAUUGGCGAGAUUUUCCCUCUCCCCAUCCGUGCUCGUGGCGUUGCAUUGUCGACUGCCUCGAACUGGCUGUGGAAUACCAUCAUUGCUGUCAUCACCCCCUACAUGGUUAACAAAGACAAGGGCGACCUGAAAUCCUCUGUCUUCUUUAUCUGGGGUGGCCUUUGCUCUAUUGCGUUUGUCUACUCCUACUUCAUCAUCCCGGAGACUAAGGGCCUGUCUCUGGAACAGGUUGACAGGAUGAUGGAGGAGACGACCCCACGUACCUCGGCCAAGUGGAAGCCCACUGUCACUUUCGCCGAGACCAUGGGCGUUGGCGAGAAGGGCUUGGCCGUCCACGAGGAGGGUGUCUAG